CACACACCUACACACUAACACACACACAGAUACUAACACACACACACCCACACACUAACACACCCACAGACACACCCACACACUAACACACACAAACACACACUCUCGCACGGGGAGACACGCGUGUUUAACUCUGCCUGGGCACCAAUGACGUAUCAACAUCGAGGCAAGAGGAGGAGGCUUUGUCAAGCGAGCUCGCCACUCGGUGAAGAGGAAAUGGGUCCGGAUCAACAGAGACGCCAGUUACGCGUGGCGCAUGUGACGAGGGCACUCGCCUGUUGAUGCCCCUAACUCGACGAAGUGGAGGAGGGUUUUGGCAGACUCCGUGUGUGUUCUGUGUGUGUGUGGUUAUCGGAUCUGGCGAUGCGGUGGGAUCUUUGUCUUUGUUGAUCGAGCCUCGCGGAGAGCGGUGGCGCUGCGGUUAGCGCUGCGUUGCGCCACGAACCUCGGCCACCCGAGUUAAAUUCCCGCUCGCGACGGCCGCAAAGAGUCAGUGACGAUUAUCCGAACGGGUUCUUGGCAUCUCCGAGGUGCGGUGCGUAAAUGUUUAGCCACCUUGGGGAAGACAAAGGCGUCCCGGGGCGUGGUGCCGACUAACUCCAAACCCCGUCUUGUGCCACGUCGCCGGCCUCCAUAGGUGCUACUCGCUAACGGCACUUGUCCCAGAAGUCUGUUGAGGCUAUACGGGGCGGCGGCGUGGGGGGACUUCGUCUUUUAUUUUGUUUGUCCGCCUCUCUGAGCUUCGUGUUUCGCGCGGCCGAUGGCCCGACCGCUGCGACCUGCUGAUGUCCGCGUGAAGGGGGGCCAAUGGGUCGCAUUACAUCGGCCGCGACGCCACCGAAUCCACCGCCGCUAGAAGAAGAGGAGGAGGAGGAGGAAGAAGAUUUCGACGUUUUGUAUCGGCCGUGCAAAGCGCGACACUCAUCGUGGCGGGUCGGUGGCACGACCGCUCCGACUCUCCCGCUGCUACCAGCAGGCGCUGCAGGAACGAUGCUUCCCAGCUUCUGGAUCGUACCCAUGGCAACCUUCUUACUGUGCUCCCUGCUACCCAUCGCUGGAUGGGCGACACCCGACAGGGAUCGCGAGCCCUUGGGGCUAGCGUUGGGCUCGGCAGAAGCAGCAGCAGGGACGGUGUUAACAUUACCAGUGCAGCCAACCGGGGGGUCAGUAUUGAGGUCAACAGGGGGGUCAGCGACAGGGUCGGCGGGGAGGUCACCAGCAGCGUCAGCAGCAACGGCUUCAUCGUCGGUGUCAUUGGUCGAGUCACUAGCCGGGUCAUUGGACGAGUCAAGAGUGGCGUCAACGGCUUGGUCAUCCGCCAGAUCACCGGCUGGGUCACCAGCUACACCACCGUGGGAGUCGAGAACGGACGAGUCACCGGCUAGGUCACCGGCUGGGUCACCGGCUGGGUCAACGGUUGGGUCAUCGUUUGGGUCAUCGGCUGGGUCAUCGGCUGGGCCAUCAGCUGGGUCAUCCACGGGGUCGGAGAAGGCAGCCGAGAACUGCAAGCUGACGGGCUCGCACGCGGACUGCUCGGGGCGCAGGCUGACGCGCGUGCCCCAGGGGCUGCCGGCGAACAUCUCCUCGCUGGACCUGUCGCGGAACGAGCUGGCGGAGUUGGGCGAGCUGGCGUUCAGGCGGUACCCGCUGCUGCGCCAGCUCAAGCUGCAGUUCAACGUUAUGGCGCGCAUGCACGACCGCGCCUUCCUGGGCUGCAGCGCCCUCGAAGAGCUCGACCUCUUCAACAACAGCCUCACGGCGGUGCCCGACGCUCAGCUGGGGCCUCUGCUCGGCAGCCUGCGCAUGCUCAACGUCUCGAACAACCUGUACCGGCGCGUCGAGCUGGGCACCACCUUCUCGCGCCUCACCUCGCUGCGUCACCUGUGGCUCGGCGGCGAGCUGGUGUCGGACGUGAGGGCUGCCGACCUCGCGGCCCUCCGCUCGCUCGACUUGACGAUCUUCUCCCUCAAGACCGGCCAGGGCUUCCGGAGCUACGAGCCGGGGGCUCUGGCCUCGCUGGCCGGGAGCGCCAAGCCGGCCGUCACCCUGGACUGCGACUUGGACGCGGCGCCGACGGCGGUGACGCCGAUGCUGGCCGACCUCGCGGCCACGGGCGUCCACAGCCUGCGCUUCCGCCGCCUCUUCGCCACCAACUACUACACGGGCGCCGACGACCUCUUCGCGCCGCUGCCGCGCCUCUCCCGCCUGCGCAACCUCGAGUUCUUCCGCGGCAAGUUCAACGAGAACCUGCACUACCUCAUCCUCAAGCACCUGCAGCGCAGCGCCGUGGCGGCGCUUGCGCUGACCGCCGUCGACUUCGCGUACUCCGCCGUGACGGAGCGACCCCGCGUGCCUGUGGGGAAGCUGCCGUUGCGGACGCUGGCCUUCCGCGACAUCACCAACCCGGAGGUGCUGCUGUACAACGGUAACUUCAACUGGUACGGCAGCCUCGACACGCUGACGAUCAACAACGUCAACUUCAACGUCGUCCCGUGCCCCGCCUGGGCCGCCAUGCACCGCGUGGUCACGGCGGACAUCUCCAACAACCGGCUCACGGACUCGGCGCUCCUCAACGUGGGCUGCGACUACCGCGGCACGGUGCCGCUCCUCCGCUCGCUGCUGCUCGCCGAUAACGCGCUGACACGGCUGGCGACGGUGGCGCAGCUGGCGCGCGAGUGGGGCGCGCUGCGCAACGUCUCGCUGGCGCGCAACUCCAUCGGCGGCGCGGUCGAGCGCUGCAACUGGAGCCAGCCGAUCGAGUGGCUGGACCUGUCGUACAACCGCGCGGCGGGCGACGUCUACGACUGCCUGCCGCUCACGCUGCGCCACCUCGACCUGUCCUUCAGCGACGUCGACCGGCUCGACCUCGGCUACUUCGCCCGCGCCGACAGGCUCGAGUGCCUGCUGCUCAGCGGCAACAACAUCAAGUUCAUCCCGUCGGGCUGGCGCGCGCCUGUCCUCCGCUUCCUUGCCAUCGACCGCAACUCCUUCGGCGUCAUCGACCGCGGCACCUUCGAGCUCAUGGUGCUCCUGCGCAGCCUGCGGGCUGACAACAACCCCUUCCAGUGCACCUGCGACCUGUGGGGCUUCCUGUCGGAGGUGCGGGCCCUCGACUCGCCCGUGCGGCUCGAGGGCUGGCCCAACAACUACACGUGCUACCACCCGGCGCAGCUGCUGGGCACGCAACUGGAGCGUUUCCGACCCGGCUCGCUGGAGUGCGACGUGCGGCUCGUGGUGCUGGUGUCGGCGGUGGUGACGGCGGCCCUGGCGGUCGCGUGCCUCGCGCUGUGCCGCCGCUUCGACGUGCCCUGGUACGUCCGCGCCCUGUGGAACCUGCUGCGGUCGAAGCGGCGCAAGCUGACGAGAGGGGGCGGCAGGCAGUUUGCGCCGGGGGGGCGGGACUACCGCUUCCACGCCUUCAUCUCGUACAGCCACGAGGACGCCGCGUGGGUGCGCGAGAACCUCAUGCCGCAGCUGGAGUCGGCGCGCCCGCCGCUGCGCGUGUGCGUGCACGAGCGCGACUUCACGCCCGGCAUGUGGAUCAUCGACAACAUCAUCGACAGCAUCGAGCUCAGCCGCAAGGUGAUCUUCGUGCUGUCCAGCGCCUUCGUCGACAGCGAGUGGUGCAACUACGAGCUGUACUUUGCGCACCAGAGGCCAGCGCACGACGCCAUGGAGGACCUCGUGCUGCUCCUCAAGGAGCCCAUCCGGCCCGAGUCGCUGCCCAGCCGCUUCUGCAAGCUGCGCAAGCUGCUGUCAAAGAAGACGUACCUGGAGUGGCCCGCCGAGGCGACCAAGCAGAGCUUCUUCUGGGCCCAGCUCAGGGCUAUCCUGAGAUACGAGGACGGGCUGCUGUUGGAGGACGUGGGGACUGAGGGGCUCAAGGUGGAGGAAGCCGGGGACAAAAGUCAUCCGUUUUGAGGGGGCGCCGUCGGUCCGCGGGUCUCCGGGCGGCGGCAUCUCGACCUCGUAGCUUCGCAUGUCUCUUCCUGAUCGAUGCAGAUGAGCAAACGGGGGGGUCGUCACAGGCUUACUGAAGUGACUGGAUUUGGUGCUGCUGAUAAGAGCAUUGCUUUUAUUUUAAUCUGUUACCCAGAAAAGUCUGCCUCAUUCUUCUUCAGGCCUUGUUGAGAUCUUCGAUGGGUAGGCUCUGAGGCCUGGCCAGGGUCUUAGGAAGGGUGUCGUUUGAGGGGCUUGCCGUAACCUUCCAGGAAAGCCUCGCUGAGUGUCAACAUUGUCCUUCAGGAGGACCCCUGCUGGGUUGUUCGGGAGAGCUGCCACCUGUUCUCGUUGUCCCAGGAUCGCCGUCUCCUUGAGCUAGAAAUCCUGGCAAAUCAAUGCAUGUCGUGGGAGGAUCAGAUGUGGCGGUCGCAGACUCCACGAUUCAGUUUUCUACUCGCUUAUGGAGCCGCGGCACCAUAACAAGGGCUAUGCACAUUCGACCACUAUUGAGUCGUGACAUAGCCAGCAUGGUAGCGUGUAUUGCAAUGUACUACGCUACGGGAUGUCUGGCAUAGCAUUACCAAGCUGCAGCAUAUAUAAAAUUAUUUGGCACAUGUCAUGACGGGCACUGCAAGAGCCGACCAUCUGCUUUCAGUGCUCGUGACUCUGCAUUGCAUUCCGGUUGGCGAACGAAUACAAUAUGAGGUCGCACUCAUUGCACACAAAGUGCUUUCCACAAAUGAACCACAAUACCUUGCUGAUCUCGUCAAGGGACAUAGACCGUCAUGCAAACUCCGGUCGUCGUCACAGCGGCUUUGGGCUAGCCAUUGGACAAAGACGUCCACCGCAUCGCACGCUUUCAGAUGCGCUUCUGCCAUUGGAGCUAUGCACCUUUAAAUCCAGAUUGAAAACUAAUUUCUUUAGAACUCUCUUAUGUGUUCAGUUUGUUGUCUUUUCCCCCGCACCUCCGAUUAGCACGUGUGGCCACGUACGGUGCGAAUGAAGUUCAACAUACAUACGUGUGUGCCGUGCCAAUGUGUGCCGUGCCAAUGUGUGCCGUGCCAAUGUUUUGCCGAGCCAGGCGUUGACUUGAACUAUACCCGCAUGACCCAAAAUCAAUUGCGAAUAUUAUCGGUCGCGAAGGUCCACGUGUGCGUUAAAUCCACGCUUUUUUUGUUUGUUUGACAAAAAAACAAACACGUCCCCAAUAUCAGUGCCAUUGGAUUAGCACCGAGCGAAAUUCUCCACCGCUUGCUAUUUUUUUACAUUUCAGUGUCUCGUGGGCAGAGUUCGGGCCGAUCGCUCGAACCCAUCGACGCCGGUUGAACUGCCAGAUGUGUUUAUAGGCAAGAACCCUUUGAAGUCGGGUUCUGGGUCUCGGCUCGAGAGUGCCCUUUGCUAAAUGCCCUCUGUACGUCGAAUUGUGAAGGACGGCGGAAAACGACGUUCCCGCAGCUCAGUCGCGAACCCCAUAGCUGCAGAAGAAGACGAUUCGCCAGCAUCAGUGCCAAAGAUCUGUUCUUCUAUCCGUCCCGCUGCCGUUUAAGCUGCGAGGAAGGGACACAUGGAAUCCAUUUGACAAAGAAGCCUGGGGGUUACUUAUUUAUUUAACCAAAGCGGAUGUGCGUGCGUGUGCGUGGGGGGGGGUCACAACAAAACAAACCCAAUGUGGUUUGAGUUUGCGUUUUUUCACGACCGCAUAGUUUCUCGCGGUUGUGCUGCACAGCUCCCCGAUGUGCGUUCAGGUUGAAAGCCUCGUGUUGCUUGGCGCGAUGUCCAACGUUUCGUGCCGCGCGCCUUCUCGAAGCGAAGAGGCUCCCUCCCCGCCGUCCCCCCCCACCCCCUCGCACGCGUGUGUCAAUGACGCCGCGUGCGUUUGUGUGUGUGGCCUUCAAAUGGAGAAAUAUGGAAUAGGCAAUGGCCCUUCUUCAAAUAGCACCCAAUCGAGUAGGUUCAUUGCCCGAAACGUCGCCCAUCAUAUUACAUCUUUUACUUUCAAGGCCAUACCGGGCGUCAUUAUUGACGGAUCGCGUUGCGUUUGUUAGUCGUUUUCUCUUUGAUUGUCAACGAGGCGGCGGCGGCGGCGGCAGCAGCAGCCUUCACCAGAUCGGUUGUCCGUCAAAACACGUGAAAGGGCGUUGUGAUUGUUAAUGAACGAGGAACUUGAUCUCUGCGAUGAACAUUUGAGUUUGCUGCGGUGUAACAUCGCCAGCGCGGGGCAACUGUGAAUGUAUUAUUUUUCGGAUGGGAUCGGGUGAUGAGAAAAAAAAAACAUGUUGCUCGCUUGGAUUCACAAAUCGAAAGUAUUUUUUUGAGACUUUGAGUGAUCGGAGACGGCUUGGUUCAACGAGCUGGCGCCUUCAAAGCGAAAGUUGUGAUUGAGUGCUUCCUCGCGAAAAGUAAAUUGCCAGCGACAUUUGCCACUACCUGCGCUGUAACACAACAGCAGCCCUUCAGGAGCGGAACCACGAACUGAAUUGAAGAGGCUCCACGUCGCGUGGACGCUUUGCAUCUCAUUUCCAGGCGCUUUGCUUUUCCAGCAAAGCGCCUGGAAUCGACUGGAAGGUCUCGGAUAUUGUGAUGAAUGUGCAGUGACUGCUCGUUUUGGAGGGCUCGCGGGAGGAAUGUGCAUCGUGUGGGGGGAGCGCUGGCGCCGGCGGUUAGCGCUGCGCUACGAACCUGACGACCCGAGUUCGAUAACCGCUCACGACCACCGCCAGUAACGGGUGGUGAUUAUUUCAAAUCGGUCCUGGGCCUCCCCGCAAAUGAGUACCUGGUGCGGUGUGUCAACAAAAAUCCGCUGCGGAGACAAAGGCGGCCGGGCGUAACGCUGGCCAACCAUCCCCUCGUGAGCCGUGUCAGCGCGGCUGGCUGCAUCCACCGGUUCCCACCAGUGGGUGAAAGAAUAUAUUUUGAGGUGUCUCGCCACCAGAGAUGGGCACUUUUUUUUCUAAAUUACAUGUACAUUUAGUACGUACAUUUUACUCCGAUGCAUAACUUGCUGUCAGUGUCCAAUGGGCAAAGCUCAACGUGACCGCUCACUCUCCCAUCCGCGCUGUGUCUCUCCGGUAAUUUGAAAUCGCUACAUUGUGCCCAGCGCGAUGGCGGGAGGCGGCUGCAGCAUUACCGAUGGGACGAAGAGCGCCACGAGGUCACUCCGGUUGUGGACGCCGCGACGAGCCUCUCGAGCGACGCGUUUGGUUUGCUGCCACAACUCGAAGUGUGUCAGUGUUACGUAUAAAUCAGUGUUAAUCGUUUACCAAA